GAAGCUUUGAGAAAUCAACUUACCAGUUUUUAAUUGUUUGUGAUCUCGGAUGUUUGUAUAAAUUUAGCUGAACUAUGGAGUCUAUGCCGUCUUUAGAAGACACCCUUAAAGCUUUAAAUGCACUAUAUAACAACCCUGACACUUCUGUGAAAGAAGAGGCCAAUUGCUGGCUCGAAAAACUUCAAAAAUCUGUGUAUGCUUGGAAACUGGCCGAUCAACUUUUGCAGACCCAUUGUAACCUUGAAUCAUGCUAUUUUGCCUCUCAAACAAUGAGAUCAAAAAUGCAAUAUGCUUUUCACGAGUUACCUCCUGAAUCUCACAAUUCGCUUAAGGAGUCUUUACUAAUACACGUUAGUAGAAUAAGUUCAGAAACCCCUCCGGCCAUAAACACUCAAUUGUGUUUAGCGUUAGCAGAUUUAGUUUUACAAAUGCCGUCUUGGAACCAUUCUUUGACAGAAAUUAUGAAUAAGUUCGAUUCAGCAGAACAGCAUAUGAAUUUUUUAUUGGAAUUCUUAGUUGUUUUACCGGAAGAGCUAACAUUUAGCAGGCAUUUAAAACUGGGUGCCAAUAGGCGAAAUGAGCUGAUGGAGGAGUUUGAUCAAUGUGCAGAAAGAGUUGCUGAAUACUUGGCAACUUGCAUAAGAAUCAAUAAUACUAAGCAAUUGGGCUUGACAUAUAAAUGUAUCGGCAGUUGGUUCUCUAUUGGGGAUAAGUUUCACAGAGAAGUGGUUCAAAAGAAUCUACUACAUGCUGCAUUUCACACACUUGUCGACGAACGUACACCGUCAUCUCUUCACGAACUGGCUGCUGAUAGUAUCUGCUCGGCACUGUAUUCGUGCGAGGAUGUCGAAAGGCGGUCGCAAUUGGUAAAUUUAAUAUUUGAUCGAGUUUCGGAAUUAAUGCAACCGUUUCUCAUGACUGUUGCCAGGGAAGAUUAUGACAAGUCAAUGAAUUUCUGUAGAAUAUUUACUGAAUUGGGUGAAACACUAAUGGAGAAAAUGGUUCAUUCACCUAAUAAGGGCUUUGGCUCUCUACAAACUUUAGAACUAAUUUUGUUAUGUGUCGGUCAUCAUCAAUAUGAAGUGGCCUUGAUUACCUAUAAUUUUUGGUUUCGUUUAGCCGAAUGUUUAUAUAAAAAAGACGACGAUGAAGUUAUUAAUCAUUUUAAACCGUAUAUUGGUAGGCUAAUUACGGCUCUUAGCAGGCAUUGUCAAAUGGAUUCGGAUUAUGAUUCUCUUUUGGAAGAAAAGAGCGAUUUUGGUGAUUUCCGAGUAAAGACUAUUGAAUUAGUGAAGGAUGUUGUUUUUAUAGUUUCUUCUUCCGCUGUUAUGAUGCAAAUGUUUGAUAUCGUAAAAUCCUCCAACUUAAGUCAAUGGAAUAUCUGUGAAUCAGCUAUUUUUAUUAUGUCGGCUAUUGCUCGUAACAUUGUGCCGAAGGAGAAUGUUAUCAUGCCACCAAUUUUACAAUUUGCCAUAAACCUCUUUAACCAAGAUAUACAUAUUGCACUUAGAUAUGUAUGUUUACAAUUUAUUGGUCAAAUUGGCGAAUGGUUAAAUAAGCAUCCAGAAUAUCUACAAACUGUUGUACAAAUUUUGUUAUCAUCACUGGAAAAUAGAGAACUAAUGGCAGUAUCUUGUCAAGCUUUGCAAUAUUUAUGCGAAAAUUGUAGUUCUCAUAUGGUACCGCACAUGGAUGGCUUAUUACAACUGUCCAGCUCAUUACCUGCUCAACAUUUAUCAACUGAAGGAACUGAAGCACUUUUAAGAGGAACUGCGGCUGUCUUAUCCAAGCUACCUCAUGAGCAAAUCAAACAAGCUUUGUUAAUCUUGUGUGAACAACAACUAAUUCCACUUCAAAAAUUGGUGGAGCAACCUAACGUUAAAACAGAUCCAACUUCUUAUAUAGAUCGCCUUUCUACUCUAUUUCGAGCUACUCGUGUUAAACCUAAUAGUCUUGAACAUCCUGCUUGUCCUGCAAUUGGCCAGUGUUGGCCUAUUAUAUCGGCAUGUUGUGAAAAAUGGGCCGCCAAUGUGAAAAUAAGUGAAACUUCUUGCCGUUGUAUUCGUUUUAUGGUUCGAUGUAUUGGUCAUCAGACAGGAGUAUGGUUAGGAGAGUCCGUAGCUAAUCUUGUGGUGAAGUUAUACGGCGGUCAUAAACAUAGCUGUUUUUUGUAUUUGGCUUCAGUUUUAAUUGAUGAGAUGGGGUCAAAUGAGCAGUAUACACAUGGAUUGGUCGGGUUAGUAUCAGCUCUAUCAAAUUCAGCUUUGGAGCAGUUGGGUAAAGGAGAAAAUGCUCUGAGAGACAAUCCCGAUACGGUAGACGAUUUCUUUCGUAUGUGCCUUCGACUAGUUCAAAAAGUCCCUGAGGCUUUCUUUGGGUGUGAAGCUGCUGAAAUGAUUGUUUCUUGUGCAACAGUGGCAGCUAAAUUGGAUCAUAGAGAUGCUAAUUCUUCCGUUUGUAAAUUCUUUGGCCAAUUAGUCGAUUGCGCAUCCAGUGGUAUGCCAGCAGCAAGGCAACUACUUCUCAAACAUGGACCUUUCUACGUUCAGAACGUAAUUCAUGCUUGUAUCUUUGAUUUCCCUAGUUAUAUGAUAGCAGGAACAGCUGAAAUUCUCUUCGAUAUAAUUGAACUCGAGCGACAAUUAAUGACUCAGUGGAUAGGAAAUGCCUUAUCAUCUCUUCCCAUCACAAAUUCUUCUGGAAGUGUUACAGUUACACAAGAACAGGUUGUUGAUUUUAAAACUCAGUUUAUCAGCGCACAAGACUUUAAAACACUCUCAAGAGCAAUACGGGAAUUCAGAUCUUUGUAUCUUUGACUUUUGUUUGCUUGCACAAGUUUUCCUCUUUUUUUUGUUAUAUCGAUGUUC